CCAAAUCACACUUUCUCUAUUGGGUUCUUGGCUUCAAUCCCAAUUUGAAUUUGUUAGGGUUACAAUCUCAAUAACUGACUGAAAAUCUGUUUGUUUUGGGUUUUGAUUUUAUUAAUUUGGUUUAGUUUCCUAGCCCAUUGUGGAAUAGGAUUUGUAUAAAAGCUGUCAAUUGCUUAUAGUUUGUUUGUUUUUCUUGUUUUGUGAGUCUGAGUUCUGCAAUCUUGUCAAGAUUGGAUUUUUAAUGGGGUGUGAGAGCAACCUGAAGACAUGGGUGUCUGAUAAGUUAAUAGCAUUGCUCGGAUACUCUAAUCCGGUAGUUGUUCAGUAUGUUAUUGGAUUAACUAAAAAAGCAAACUCCCAGGCUGGUUUGGUGGACAAGCUUGUCGAAUUUGGAUUUGCGUCAUCGACUGAAACAGGGGCAUUUGCUGCAGAUAUCUUUGCAAGAGUGUGUGGUGAAACAUCUGGUUUGAAGCAAUGUGGGAAACAAGAGAGGGGAGGUGCAAUGCCGGUGAGGAUGAUGCAGCGGACCUAUGUUCUGUUGGAUUCAGAUGAUGAUGGUGAUGCAGAGAGAUGUUCUGUUGAGGUUGUUUCUCAUUCUGUGUCUGUAACAGUGGAUUUCAAUAAGAAAAGAUUCAGGAAGAGGCCAUUGGGUCAGAGAGAUGGAGAUGAUGAUGAGGUUAUUGCAGAACGUGUUAAAAGGCGGAACUUGCCAGAUAAAGAUGAUCAUGAGGAUGGUUCAGAGUCAGAAGAAGAGAGAUUGCGUGAUCAAAGAGAAAGGGAGAAAUUGGAGCAAAGUAUAAGGAAGAGGGACGCAGCAGCCACACGAAAACUGACAAAGAAAAACUUAAGACGAAAAGGGGAAGAGGAGGCUGUUCGAAAAACCAAUGGUGAUGUUGAAGGUUUAAGAAGAGCUUCAAGACAAGAAUAUCUAAAGGAAAGAGAGAGAAAGAAAAUGGAUCAAAUGAGGGAUGAUGUAGAAGAUGAAUGUUACUUAUUUGAAGGUGUGAAGCUCACUGAAGCAGAAAACCGGGAAUUAAGUUACAAGAAGCAAAUAUUGGAGCUUAUGAGAAAACCAUUAGGUCUAGAUGAGGCUGAAAAUGUCACUGAGUACAGGAUGCCAGAUGCCUAUGAUGACGAGGAGCGUGGUGUUACUCAACAGAAGAGAUUUUCUGUGGCUUUGCAGCGCUACAAGGACGACAGUUCUGGGGAUAAAAUGAACUUGUUUGGACAACAGAAAUCUUGGGAAGAUCAGCAACUUGGAAAAGCAACAUUGGAAUUUGGUUCAAAAAACAAAAAAAGGGUAUCUGAUGAGUAUGAUUUUGUAUAUGAAGACCAGAUAGAGUUCGUCAGGGGGUUGGUGAUCGAGGAUGAUAAAUAUGACAAGUUUGAGGAUGAUAAGCAACUGCAGUCCACAAAAUUACUUGAGUCAAGGGAAAAAACCUUGAAGAUGUUCCAGGGGGAGAGGAAAACUUUACCCAUCUUCUCCUUUCAUGAUGAGUUGCUCCAAGCUGUUAAAGAUCAUCAGGUUCUUGUUAUUGUUGGCGAAACUGGAUCUGGCAAAACUACACAGAUUCCCCAGUAUUUACAUGAGGCAGGAUAUACAAAGCAUGGAAAGAUUGGGUGUACACAGCCACGGCGAGUUGCUGCUAUGAGUGUUGCUGCCAGGGUUUCUCAAGAAAUGGGUGUCAAGCUUGGACAUGAGAUUUGGCAAGCUAUAGUGUGCUGAUGGUGGAUGAGGCCCAUGAGAGAACACUCUCUACUGAUAUUCUAUUUGCAUUAGUAAAGGAUAUUGCUCGAUUUCGACCCAGUUUUAAGCUGCUUAUCUCGAGUGCAACACUUGAUGCUGUGAAGUUCAGUAAUUAUUUUGAUUAUGCCCCAAUUUUCAACAUUCCAGGGAGGCGGUUUCCUGUUGAUAUAUACCACACAAAAGCACCAGAAGCUGAUUACUUAGAUGCUGCAAUUGCUGCUGCAAUUCAAAUCCAUGUCAGGGAACCACCUGGAGACAUAUUGGUCUUCCUCACAGGUCAAGAAGAUAUAGAAACAGCAAGCGAAACAUUAAAGUACAGGACAAGUGGUCUCGGGAGAAAUAUAUCAGAGCUGAUUAUCUGUCCCAUAUAUGCAAACCUGCCUACUGAGCAGCAAGCAAAAAUUUUUGAGCCCACACCUGAAGGGGCUAGAAAGGUUGUCCUUGCCACAAACAUAGCUGAAACUUCUCUGACUAUUGAUGGGAUCAAAUAUGUCAUCGACUGUGGCUAUUGCAAGAUGAAGUCCUAUAAUCCAAGGACUGGAAUGGAGUCAUUGCAAGUCACUCCCAUCUCAAAGGCAUCAGCAAGGCAGAGGGCAGGUCGAUCUGGUCGAACAGGCCCUGGCUUAAGAGCCUUGGUAUCCAUGACUUGAUACAUUUUGAUUUUAUGGAUCCGCCACCAUCGGAAGCAUUACUAAAAGCCCUUGAACUGUUAUUUGCUUUAUCUGCAUUGAAUAAAAUGGGAGAGUUGACUAAAGUUGGUAGGCGGAUGGCAGAGUUUCCACUUGAUCCAAUGCUAUCUAAGAUGGUAGUUGCUUCUGACAGGACAAACAAGUCUAUGCUGACAAUGCAAGACGGACUUUUCACACUGGGGACACAGGAGAUCACAUUGCCUUGCUUAAUGUUUACAAUACAUGGACCGAAACAAACUACUCAAGUCAAUGGUCUUACGAAAACUAUAUAAAUG